AUGGUCGUGACAUUCAUAGCUGCUUCAGCGGCCAAAAAAUAUUUUCAACCCAAAGAACACCAAAAUAACGAAAGUGAAAAAAAAGAAGAACAUAACAAAGAAAUUAUUGUUAAAAAACGCCCAACUCUCUUAUCACGUGAAGGUCGUACCCUUGCUUCUCUCUUUCCUGAUGAAGCAAAACAGGAUAUGAAUAUUGUAAUCUCAAGUAGAUUUAUAAGACCUGCCAAUACUUCCGUUCUUAAAAUUUAUGAUCGUAAGAUGAAUGAUCAAGACGAUGAUAAUGAAUACAAUGAUAAUGAUAAAGAAAGAUACGAUGAUAAGUAUGAAGAAAGAUAUACAAAUGGCAGCUAUGAAAAUAGAGAGAGCAACUCUGUUUGCUAUGAGAAUUCUCAAAACAAAAAAUCAGGAAAACUUGUUAAGUAUGAAAUAACCGGUGAAGAAAAAUCGAGAGCAGCAAAUUAUUUGGUGCACUCAUAUAAUGAUUUUGAACAAUCACUAUUUAAUGAAGGAUAUGAUAUCGAAAUCCCGCGACCUUAUUUUUAA